UGGGACGGCGGGGAGAUCCGGGUUCUGUGUGUCUGCGCUGGAGGAGCUCCAAGGAGCCUCGCCGCUUCUCCCGAACCAGGGGCCAGGCAGGGGGCCCGGAGUCCUGGGAGGGGCAGCCCAGGGCAGAAGUCCGGGUGUGGGGUCGGGGUGGGCGUACGCGGACUUCCCUCUAGCCGCAGCUAGGUGGAGCGUAGUUGCACCUCGCCGCCCCGAGCAUUGCUCGCGAAGCCCUUUGCUUAGCGCAAGAAAGGCCGCUGUCUCCAGGGGGCCCUUUGGAAGGAGGCGGGAUGGCCUGGGCGCUGAAGCUGCCGCUGGCCGACGAGGUGAUCGAGUCCGGACUGGUGCAGGACUUUGACUCGAGUCUGUCCGGGAUCGGGCAGGAGCUGGGCGCGGGGGCCUAUAGCAUGAGUGAUGUCCUUGCUUUGCCCAUUUUUAAACAAGAAGAGUCAAGUUUGCCACCUGAUAAUGAGAAUAAAAUCCUACCUUUCCAGUAUGUGCUUUGUGCUGCUACCUCUCCUGCAGUAAAGCUCCAUGAUGAAACACUCACAUAUCUCAAUCAAGGACAGUCUUAUGAAAUCCGAAUGCUGGACAACAGGAAACUUGGAGAACUUCCAGAAAUCAAUGGCAAGUUAGUGAAGAGUAUAUUUCGAGUGGUAUUCCAUGACAGACGACUGCAGUACACUGAGCAUCAGCAGCUUGAGGGCUGGAGAUGGAACAGGCCAGGGGAUAGAAUCCUUGAUAUAGAUAUUCCAAUGUCUGUAGGUAUAAUUGACCCUAGGGCAAAUCCAACACAACUGAAUACCGUAGAGUUCCUCUGGGACCCUGCAAAGAGGACAUCUGUGUUUAUUCAGGUACAUUGUAUCAGCACAGAGUUCACAAUGAGAAAACAUGGUGGAGAAAAGGGUGUACCAUUCCGAGUUCAGAUUGACACCUUCAAGGAGAAUGAGAACGGAGAGUACACUGAACACUUGCAUUCAGCCAGCUGUCAGAUCAAAGUUUUCAAGCCCAAAGGUGCAGACAGGAAGCAAAAAACAGACAGGGAGAAAAUGGAGAAGCGAACCCCUCAUGAAAAGGAAAAAUACCAACCUUCCUAUGAGACAACUAUACUCACGGAGUGUUCUCCAUGGCCUGAGAUCACAUAUGUCAAUAAUUCCCCAUCACCUGGCUUUAACAGUUCCCAUAGCAGUUUUUCAAUUGGAGAAGGGAAUGGUUCACCAAAUCACCAGCCAGAACCACCUCCUCCAAUUGCAGAUAACCUUCUGCCAACAAGUACCCCUCAGGAAGCUCAACAGUGGUUACAUCGCAACCGGUUCUCUACCUUCUCACGACUUUUCACAAACUUCUCAGGUGCAGAUUUAUUGAAGUUAACCAGAGAUGAUGUUAUCCAAAUUUGUGGCCCUGCUGAUGGAAUCCGACUCUUUAAUGCCUUAAAAGGGCGGAUGGUGAGGCCCAGGCUGACGAUUUAUGUGUGCCAGGAAACUUUGGAGUUGAGGGAGCAGCAGCAGCAGCAGCAGCAGCAACAAGAACAGAAGCAUGAGAAUGGAGACUCAAAUGGUGCUUUCUUUGUGUACCAUGCCAUCUAUCUGGAAGAAUUGACAGCUGUUGAGCUGACAGAGAAAAUCGCUCAGCUUUUCAGUAUUUCCCCUUGUCAGAUCAGUCAGAUCUACAAACAGGGGCCGACGGGAAUCCAUGUGCUCAUCAGUGAUGAGAUGAUUCAGAACUUUCAGGAGGAAGCUUGUUUUAUUCUGGACACAAUGAAAGCUGAAACCAAUGAUAGCUACCACAUCAUAUUGAAAUAGAAGGGGAGCAUCCCAUGCUGGGUAGCUGCUGCUUCCUUCACCCUUUGGACACUCCCCCUCUUGCAGAGGGAUAUGGAUAGAGAGUUGGAGGUCUGCAGGAGCCUGACUGAUGGAGAGUGGGAGGUGGGGUGGUGCUACACUCCAGAGGUGGAAUCCCAGCUCUCUGUUCCCUGUCCCAACCCUCUUGCCACACACAGUUUCCUGUCAGGCAUGCAGUUCUGCAGCUAUUUCUUAGUUACAAUUUCUGGACUGUGUUGUUGUUGAAUAUUGAUAGAAGCUUUUGUCACAUCAUUUAGGUUUUAUGUAGGGCAUAAUGAUGAUGGGAAUUGUGUGAUGUUUAAUUGAAAGACGUUAAACUUUAUGGUAAUCUGGAGCUAUGUAAUUUUUUUUCUAAUAUAUAAAUAAAAAUGAAUCUCUAUA